UCCCCUCCACCUCAGCAGAGCCCAGUGAUACAGCAUCAAGCGCUCCUGUCUCCUCCACCUCAGCAGAGCCCAGUGAUACAGCAUCAAGCGCUCCUGUCCCCUCCACCUCAGCAGAGCCAAGUUAUACAGCAUCAGGGAUAAAGGCUUCACCAAUAGACCCUGCCGACUGGCCAUCUGUUCUUACUGAUAAUGACAGGACAGAGUUUGUUCAGAGUGGACAAUAUCAAAUGAAACCUAGUUUUAUCUUUCCCAAACAAAAAGACGGGAGAAGGUGUCAGCAAGACUAUUUUAACAGAGUCUUAAUCAACGGAGAAAAAAUCAAAAGAAGCUGGUUGAUGUAUUCAAAAAAGAAUGAUAGCUUGCACUGCUGCUGCUGCAAAAUGUUUUCACAGAGAAAUUACAUACUCAAUAGGGAAGGACUAAAGGACUGGAAAAAUGCAAGUCACUUGCUCAAGGUACAUGAAGAAAGCAAGGAGCACAACACAAACAUGGCAACAUGGAAGGAGUUAGACGUCCGUCUUGCCAGGGGGCUUACAAUAGAUAUGCAAGAGAUGGCCCUUGCUCAGGCUGAGAGAAAUAGGUGGCGCGACGUUCUCACCCGAUUCGUGGCAAUAAUUCAGUCCUUAGCAGAGAGAAACCUGGCUCUGAGGGGGUCCACAGACACAUUAAACCAACCAGACAAUGGCAACUUUUUAAAAGAAGUGGAGCUUAUGGCCAAAUUCGAUCCAGUCAUAAAGCAGCAUGUUGGUAGGGUGGCAAGUGGAGCUGGCAGUCACACACAUUAUAUGGGCAAAAUAAUUCAAAAUGAACUGAUUGACUCAAUCAGCUCUAAAAUACUGGACACAAUUGUGGAAGAGAUAAAAACGUGUAAGUAUUUCUCCAUCAUUUUGAAUUGCACUCCUGAUCUGAGUCAUAAAGAACAACUCUCUGUUAUUGUCAGGAUAGUAUCACUAGUAGACAAACCACAGGUUAAAGAACAUUUCCUGGGCUUUCUUGUGGCAGAGCAGUCAACAGGGGAAAGUUUGACAUUGCUCAUUCUCAAAAGGCUGGAGGAACUUAACAUCCCCUUUGAGGACUGCAGAGGACAGUCGUAUGACAACGGUGCCAACAUGAAGGAUGGGACAUCCUGCUGAAACAUGUCAAAACAACCCUGAAAUCGUGGUCAGAGACCAGAUGGGAAAGCAGGAUAAAAAGCGUUGAGGCAGUAAUGUACCAGGCUGGGCAAAUCAGAGAGGCUCUUCUGGAGGUGAGGGAAACAACUGCAGACCCUGUGGUGAGAGUUGAAGCCCAGUCUUUGGCUGAGGAGAUUGGAUCUUACCGUUUUAUCAUUUGCACAACCAUAUGGUAUGACAUCCUCUACAAGAUCCAGCAUUUGAGCAAACUGAUGCAGUCACCCUCCGUGCAGUUAGAUGUGGCUGUCGACCGGCUGAAGAAAACAGGAGAUUCCCUCACCUGCUACAGAAGGACUGGAUUUUCUGAUGCACAGACAACUGCAAAGGAGAUGUGUGAGGAGAUGAACGUGGAGUCUGUUCUCAAGCAAAAGCGGUUGAGAUCCACAAAACGGCAGUUUGGUUAUGAGUCUCCAGAUGAGCCUAUUGAUGAUGCACUUAAAAA